ACAUAUCCAGAUUCUAUCAAAAAAGAAAAAAGAUACAAAAUGUCCGCCUUCGCAACAUCCACAACCACCGACCCAAGAACCGAAUUCGAAAUUCAGCGCUCCGAACUCGUUCGCGAAAUCGCUCUUGGCAUGGAAUCAGUCCUCCAAUACAUAAACCGCUUGAAUCGGAAUUUGGAGAGUAUCAUUGCUGUAGGCAACGAGUUUAGUUCCGUCGAAGCGUUAUGGAGUCACUUUGAGAAUGUCAUGGGUUCGGAAGAGGGGCAGCAGACGGAUGUUCAAAAGCAAGACGAUAACAAUGCGGGAGAAGAAGUCGAUAUCAAACAAGAGGAGGAAUACGGUGAUAUCGAGAAUGGAGAGCAUAGGCGUUCUUGAUUCUGUGUACUGCUUGUUUCGAUAAAUGAUGAUACCCAUUGCGUGAUUCGGCGUCAAGAACUUGUCACUUGACCUACAAAUUUACGAACACGAACUGAUUAAAAUUAUAUGCAAUUAAUGAUAUCUACUCAAGCGACAUCCUCGACGAGUCGCGCGCACUAUUAUACCGACUCGGCAACUCCUGAAACACAAACGAGCGCCUCGGAAUCUGACUCUUCCGAUUAAACACCGUCUGCAGCCCAUGCUCAAAAUUGACAAUACAAUAAAUCGCACACACCAUGGCGAGAAAAGUGAAUAUCAACGCCAAAAAUGCGAACAAAAGCAUCAUGUCCUUUCCGGGAGUGUUUCCGCGGCCUGUGGGGUUGCAGAGGAGGAUUAUGCGGCUAAUUAUGUAUGCUA